AUGUGGAGAUUAACAUGCGUCAUGUUGACCUUGCUCAUGUGUGCCAAAGGUUCACAUUCUCAGUUGAAUGUUUGUGGACAGGCUUCUCUAAACACCCGUAUUGUUGGUGGUGUGAACGCACCUGAUGGGUCGUGGCCGUGGCAGGUCAGUCUGCACAGCCCUCUUUAUGGAGGUCACUUUUGCGGAGGCUCCCUCAUCAACAAUGAAUGGGUGCUGACAGCAGCUCACUGUUUACCUGGUGUCAGCACAUCCAGUCUGCGUGUGUAUUUGGGAAGGAGGACACAGCAGGGAGUCAAUGCCAAUGAAAUCAGUAGAAACGUGAGAACGAUAAUCACCCACUCCUCUUACAACAGCUUCACACAUGACAAUGACAUCGCUCUGCUCCGGCUGUCCUCCGCGGUCACCUUCAAUAACUACAUUAGACCCGUGUGUCUGGCGGCCCAGAACAGCGUCUUCCCUUCUGGCACCAGCAGCUGGAUCACAGGCUGGGGAGAUGUUCAAUCUGGAGUGAGCCUACCUUCUCCUGGGAUUCUGCAGGAGACUAUGGUUCCAGUGGUGGACAAUGUUCAAUGUAAUACUCUGCUGGAUUCUGGAUCUGUUACCAGCAACAUGAUGUGUGCUGGUUUAACACAGGGAGGCAAAGACACCUGCCAGGGGGAUUCUGGUGGUCCGAUGGUGAGUCAGCAGUGUACAGUGUGGGUUCAGUCUGGUAUCACCAGCUGGGGUUAUGGCUGUGCCGAUCCCAACUCUCCUGGAGUUUACACCAGCGUGUCUCGAUAUCAGAGUUGGAUCACAAACAACAUUGGACAGAACCUGCCGGGAUUUGUCACCUUCAGCCCUCCAAACUCAUGCUCCUCUGCCAGCCUAACCUCAACCUCCUGUAGGGGGAGAUGCAAUGAGAAGUACAACAGUCACUUCCGCUGCAACUGCAAUACUAACUGCAUUUUAAACUGCUGCAAAGAUUACAGACAGCGUUGUACCAUGUGAGGUGUGUCAUAAUUCCAUGGAAUUAUUUGAUCACAGGUUUAUAAUCACGUCACUUGCACAGAUAUCAAUCAGAUUAUCUUCAUCUGCUUGUUCUGCGAGGAGAUUUUACUUCAGUACUGUUUUGGAUGAGUUGCACAGUCAGAAACGAGCACCAAUGCAAACGCAGUCAAAGAACUGCUGCACUGACUUCACUCAGGGGUGUAAAUGCAUAUUAUGUUCAACAUUUGUUUAACAGCAGCACUUACCUCACUCCAUUAGUAGAAUCCCUGUCUCCUUUGUUUUUCUCUUUCUAGUUCUAGCAUGCAACCAACAAUAUUAAGUGUAGGCACGGGCAACUUUUUUAAUUUAUUUUUUUUCCAUUUAGCAUUUGCACAUUUCUUAAAAAUGUUAUGUAUAACAUAAUUACUUGAAAUAUUAAACUGAUGUCUUUCUUUGUGGUCACAUUUAAAUUUACGCAUUUAGCAGAUUCUAUCCAAAGCAACUUACAAAAGAGGAACAAAGAAAUUCAUCAAAGAACCAACAAUGUUGUAGUACUCACUGACAGAUUUAUUAGACAACUAGAUUAGGAAAACCAGCUAGAGAAGAGAGUUUGAAAGGUAGA